AUGAGCAGUGUCGGGACGCCGGACUCGUUAGGGAUUUUGGGCCAGAUGCGCGACGAGGACCAAGGAGCAGCCUCACUAACUCCGAUUCUCAACAUUGCCGACCUAGAGCUAAUGAUUCAAUGGUGUAACUCGACCUACGAGAACCUGUCGCGCAACGAGCUCACUGAUCCAGUAUGGCAGUACGCCGUGCCUAUAGAGGCGCUCUCGCAUCCGUUUCUGAUGCAUGGCAUUUUGGCCCUAUCAUCCUUACACCUCGCCCGGACAGGCCUAGAACUAGCUCGGCGGGCGUCAUAUCUCUGCCGCGCCGUGGCACACCAGAACCAAGCGCUAUCGCUCUUUCGCGGGGUAUUAGGGGACAUUAAUAAGACUAAUUCUAAGGCGAUAUUUGCCUUUGUGGGAAUUGUGGUCGUAUAUACAUUUGGAUUCCCCCAUUCCCCAGACGUGCAAGACCCCUGGAACUACGUGGAUGAUCUCUACCAAGUUCUCGUGCUUUCUCGUGGUAUGCAACAAGUCAUACGAUCUAUUACCGAUAUGAUCCUUAGUAGCGCCUUUGCGCCGCUUUUACAUCAGGUUGAAUGCUAUACGCCAUUGACCGACGACGAUAAGGCCGUCGUCACCCGCCUACAAGAAGCGAACCGUAUUCGCGGGCUACGCAACGCCGACUACGAAAUGGACGUGUUCGUAGCGACGAUUGGGAAUUUCGCAGAAAUGCUAGGCCUAGUACGCGGUGGCGUGACGACUAGCACGAUUGCUGGUAGGUGGGCGACCAUAUUGCCCCAGAGAUUCCUAGAGCUACUACGGGAACGAGAACCCUUCGCACUAGUGAUGUUAGCCCAUUAUGGCGUGCUCUUGCAGUAUCUUAAGCCCCGGUGGUGUUUUGACGAGUGGUGUGUGCGGGUGGCUAAAGCUGUGUGGGCGGUGUUAGAUGAUCAGUGUAGACCCUUAGUGCACUGGGCGAUGUACGAGAUCCUUGGCCAGAAUUACAUCGAUCAAGUCUAA